AAGAAAACUCCCAUAAAAUAAGCGGCUAAGUGCGCAAAUUAAAAUCGAAAACCAUAAAUUAUACAAAAAUAAAAACAACUGGGGAAAAUCCUUGGCUUUGUGGGCGGUUGGGUGGUGUGCCAGCAGCUGUAAGCAAAAACAACGGAGCCAAAAGCAUUUUAUGCUUCACUUUACAAUUCAAUCAGUUUCAAUUUCCACCUGCCGAAUACAUUUCCGUUUUACAGUUUAUUUCGGCUGGCGAUUGGCGAAUACGGCCGGCUGUUUGUAAUUUUUUAAUUUCGACUUGAAUUUCAAAAUUCAAUUAGUUUUCGCCACGCACCCCCAACCAUCCAAACCAAAACCCACACACACACACAGACAGGAAGGAACAAAGGCAUAAAACAGUCAGUCCACAGAUCCUGUGAAAUCGAGGCAGGCAGCUGGGCUGCUCCACACCGCAGAUGUCCGCCUGUGUGUCUGCUCUGGCAUUAUGCCUCCACACUUCCAGAAGCGAAAAGAUAUAGACUAGAUGGGCGGAGGCGACGGCGGAUCCAGGGAGAGAUGCAAAUUUUGUGGUCCCAGGCUUUUGGGGGCUGCCCAAUUUAAGCCCCAUAACUCAGACCGCAGCGUUGGAGAAAUUAGUUCAGCCCGGGGACUGGCUCCUCCUGCUUAUCGAGCGUGGGAAUCAAAGAUUUGAUUUGUGACUAGGCUACAAAAAAUGGCAAAGCUGCCUGCUAAAGUCUAGAAGCAUAUUCAAUUUAAAAGCGAUCUGGCUAGAUAAAGUAAAAGAAGUGAUAUUUCAGUACUUAGAAACUAGUUUUUAAUGAAAGUAUACUAAGUAUUGGC